CUGUUUUAAUUAUCAAUGUUUUCUUUUCUUUCUACUCUGCCACCAAAAGAAUCUUUGGCUGCUCCUGACCUCAGCAAAUCAAGAGGGUACCACUGGGAUACAUCAGAUUGGAUGCCAAGUGUUCCUCUGCCAGAUAUACAAGAGUUCCCCAAUUAUGAGGUUAUUGAUGAGCAUACACCCCUGUACUCAGCAGAUCCAAAUGCCAUCGAUACAGACUAUUAUCCUGGAGGUUACGACAUUGAAAGUGAUUUUCCACCACCUCCGGAAGACUUCCCUGCACCUGAUGAACUACCACCAUUGCCUCCAGAGUUCAGCGAUCAGUUUGAAUCUAUACACUCACCUAGAGACAUGCCUGCUGCAGAUAGCUUGGGGUCUUCAUCCAGAAAUCGGCAGAGGUUCAACUUGAAUCAGUAUCUGCCCAAUUUCUAUCCUGUCGAUAUGUCUGAACCUCAAAAAAAAGGCACUGGUGAGAAUAGUACUUGUAGAGAACCCUAUGCCCCUUACCCUCCAGGGUAUCAAAGAAACUUUGACUCCUCCACUGUAGAAAACAUGCCCAUGUCUGUGUACGCUUCCACAGCUUCCUGCUCUGAUGUGUCAGCGUGCUGUGAAGUAGAGUCUGAGGUCAUGAUGAGUGACUAUGAGAGUGGAGACGACGGCCACUUUGAAGAGGUGACGAUUCCUCCACUGGAUUCUCAACAACACACGGAAGUCUGACACUCAAACUUCCCCCCAAAGUGCCUGACUUUAUCAAACCUAGAGAUUAUAUCAAUAAUCUGCAUUGUUCUUUGCAGCAGUGCUUAAGCGCUUUUUUCGGUGAGCUAGAAUGGGCAUGGCUGCACUGAAUCCUGCGCUUCCUGAUGUUAGCCAUUUCCCGUGUCCUAACCCACUGUAAUUGGACGAGAUUUCAUUGGCUGUGCCAUUUCUGAACAUCUUUUUUUGUAUUUACAUUUGUCUGUUAAAAUAAUGAAGCGAAAAUAAGUCCUACCAUCUUGUUAGCAUGGUUCAUGUAUUUAUAUAGAUUUGAUUAUUUUAAUUUUCCUUUCUCUUUUUUUGUAAAUUUUAUGUACAGAUUUGAUUUUUCAUAGUUUUAACUAGACUUUGGAGACACUCUGUGCAUUUGUUUUCAGCUGAAUUUUGGUGGUAUUAAGUGUCAUUACCUAGCACCCUGAUUCUUUACUAUAACCAGGGUUUCACUAUAUGUUCUUUUCCACUGAAGUGUGACAUUUCAUUAACACAUUUCAAUAUAGUCAUUUAUUUCUAGCUGUACAUACAGGAUGAGGGAAAAUAUGAUACAUGGACAUGUCUUAAAUGGGUUGCUGUAUUUUAGAAUUAUAAACAUUUUUCAUUAUGGAAAGUGUAAUGGGGACCUUCUGCAGACCUGUUUAGGACCAAAACCACCAUGACACAGUUUUUAUAGUGUCUGUAUAUUUGUGAUGCAAUGGUCUUGUAAAGGUUUUUACUGAAAACUACCAUUAGCCAGUCUUUCUUACUGACAAUAAAUUAUUAACAAAAUACUUUAGCUUUA